UCCUGGCAGGUCUGGGGUCACACCUGGCCGCAGGUGAACCCCGGGGGUCUCCCAGUUCUUCAUCCACUGUCGGUGACGUCACAACUCAGGUGAGACCACGUCGGGGCCUCACCUGGAGCCAAGGUGCUGCAGUUUGGGGUUCACACCUGGAGUUCAGGUGCUGCAGUUCAGGGUCCACACCUGGAGUUCAGGUGUGGCAGUUUGGGGUUCACACCUGGAGCUCAGGUGUUGCAGUCCGGGCGUUGCAGUUCGGGGUUCACACCUGGAGUUCAGGUGUUACAGUCCGGCUGUUACAGUUUGGGGUUCACACCUGGCUCAGGUGUCACCAUCCAGGUGUUGCUGCUGCAGCUUUUUGGGGUCAAAACCACAAUUUUGGGCUCCACACCUGGCCUGGCUCACAGGUGCUGGCUCCCUUCACCUGGGGCUCAGGUGUUGCAGUCCAGGUGUCACAGCUGCUGUUUUUGGGGGUCAAAACCACAAUUUUGGGGAGCUCCACACCCGUCCUGGCUCACAGAUAUCGAAUCCUCCCCUCACCUGGGGCUCAGGUGUUGCAGUCCAGGUGUCACUGCUGCCGUUUUUUGGGGUCAAAACCACAAUUUUGGGGGGCUCCACACCCGUCCUGGCUCACAGGUGCUGGCUCCCCUCACCUGAGGGGCUCAGGUGUCGCGGUGCACGCGCCGGUGCUGCAGCAGGUUGGACGGGUGCGCGAACCCCUUGGCGCACACCCCGCACUUGUAGGGCGUCUCCCCCGUGUGCACCUUCUCGUGCACCGCCAGGUACGCCAGGUCCUUGAAGAACUUGUGGCUCACAGGUAUCGAAUCCUCCACCUGGGGCUCAGGUGUUGCGGUCCAGGUGUCACAGAUGCUGUUUUUGGGGGUCAAAACCACAAUUUUGGGGAGCUCCACACCCGUCCUGGCUCACAGGUGCUGAAUCCUUCCACCUGGGGCUCAGCUGUUGCAGUCCAGGUGUCACAGCUGCCGUUUUUUGGGGUCAAAACCACAAUUUUGCGGGGCUCCACACCUGUCCUGGCUCACAGGUGCUGGCUCCCCUCACCUCAGGGGCUCAG